UUAUGUGUACAUGGCACCUGAGAUAAUCCGAUGUGAACCAUAUAAUGAAAAGUGUGAUGUUUAUAGCUUUGGCAUCAUAUUGAAUGAGCUGAUUACUGGUCAACAUCCGUACAUAGAGACCAGCUUCAAACCUAGUCAGAUUGCACUGGAAGUUGGAGAAGGAAGGCUUCGGCCAGCACUGCCCGAGGAUGAUGGCCAAUACGAAGAGCUCAUAGACCUCAUAUGUUGUUCAUGGAGUGAAGAUGCUUCAGCAAGACCUUCAUUUGCAAUUAUCUCUUCUACUCUUAGAAAGAUCCAGGAGAAGUUCAACUAGAUUGAGAUGCUUGUUGUAUUUGUAAUGAUUUUUUACAAUGAAAAUGAAAAAAAAAAAAGAACCAGAAAAAGA